AUGACUUCAGGUCAGCGUUUGAGAGAGUUAAUCAACGAGCGACUAACUGCUGCUGCUGAAGAAAUAUUCCGACAUUUUCAAACAACUAUCUCAGAGUACGAAGAAGAGAUCAACCGUCAGCGCAGACUGCUGGAUAUCGUUUGGAAACCUGAAAUAAAGUUACACAGAACAGAGCUCCCACAGCAGCAUGUCUGUGAGGAGGAGGAGGUUCUUACUGACCAGCAGCUCUGUGACCAGGAGAGGAACUCAUGUCUGGACCAAGAGGAACCAGAGCCUCCACAGAUUCAAGAGGAACAAGAGCCUCCACAGAUUCAAGAGGAACCAGCGCCUCCACAGAUUAAAGAGGAACCCUGCAGCAGUCUGAAGAUAGAACAGCUGAUACUGAAGCCGGAGACAUUAACCUUGAUGUGGACUCCUACUUGUGAGGAAAGUGAAGAUCAGACUCUGGACUUGAGUCCUGAUGAAACUCAGAUUGUGGCAGAGAAAGAGCAGGUCCUCUCUCAUAACUCUCAAGUAGCUGAGAGCCAAGAUCACAAAGGAGGCCAACACGAAGACUCAGGAUCAACUAGAAAUGCAGAACCAAAACCACAGAAGAGACAUCAAAGUAGAGAAAAUAACAACACUGAAGACAAGUCUACCACGUUACAGAUACAGAGUAAUACAGAGACACAAUGUUUUAAAUGUGAUACUUGUGGCAAAUCAUUUAAGGUAAGGGCCAAUUUGCGCAGACAUCUCAGAGUCCACACAGGUGAGAAGCCGUAUACAUGUGACACUUGUGGGAGAAAGUUCUCUGAGCUGUGCGCAUUAAACAUUCACAAGAGAGUCCACACAGGUGAGAAGCCAUACCCAUGUGACACUUGUGGGAAAAGAUUCCCUCUGCAGCACACAUUAAAAGUGCACAUGAGAACACACACAGGUACCGCCCUCCUCCCCCAACUGAUUAACGCAGCUGUGGCACAUCAGGCCUGGCGUUUAAGAACCCCUGGGAAGCUGGUGCCGGGGCAGUUGGCCUUCCGGCAGCGUGCCAAUCAGAGCUGUGUGCGCGUGUCCAGUGUCUAG